CCAAGCCAGAUCCAGCGCGUCAGCACCAUGGCCAGCUCCAGCCUCGCCUGCUGCCUGCUGGGGCUCCUGGCGCUGACCUCAGCCUGCUACAUCCAGAACUGCCCCCCAGGUGGCAAGAGGGCCCUGCUGGACCUCGACGUGCGCAAGUGCCUCCCCUGCGGACCAGGGGGUCGAGGGCACUGCUUCGGGUCCAAAAUCUGCUGCGAUGAGGAACUGGGCUGCUUCCUGGGCCCAACCCAUUCGCAGAGCUGCGAGAAGGAGGACUACCUGCCUACGCCCUGCCAGUCCGGUGGAAAGCCCUGCGGGAACAGGGCCACCUGUGCCGCCGCAGGCUUCUGCUGCAGUCCCGAGGGCUGCCACCUCGACCCUGACUGUGACACCAAGGACAUCUUCUCCGAGCCCUGACCUGCAGGACUGCGGACGCCUUUGGAGUGCACCCCUCGCUCCCCCUCAGCCAACCUCAGAAAGAAGGAAAAUGAAAUAAAGCCCA